AUGAAAAUUUUAUUGGCAAUCUCUCCACAAUCUUCAUGUGCCCAUCUACUACAAUGGCUGCAUUUGGCCCAUUUUUCGCCCUUCUUAUCUUCAGAAAAUCGACCCGUACAAAAUAAGCAUUCAGCAUCGCUUCCACCGCUUUCGUCUGAGGAUAAAUCAUCCAACUUAAGGCUUCCGCUAGAUUCUGAACUUGAACUGGAGUGGGAAGGUAUCCGAAUCCUUUUGGACCUUUUAGCACUAGAUGUAGAAGGCUGGUUCUGGUUGAUUGACCUAUUAGCUCCAGAUGUGGAGGGUUGA